CUCUGUGGAGCGAGUAUGGUAUAUGUGAUAAAGAACUUGCUUACUUUAGCAAUUUCUUUAGAUGGAAAUGAGAAGAGCAAUCGAUUUUUCUGUUCAAGAGCUCUUUAUAGUGGAAAAGUAAAGGGGUGUCUUAGUUUUACUAGUUCUAGAUUGGUUAAUGCUUUUGAGCAAUGCAGUUUCUUUGGAAUUGAACAGCUUAAGUUGUCAACUGUUUUAUCUAACUUCAAGGAAGUGAAUAACCUGUGUAACAUAGCUCUGAAUGUCGCUUGUGAACUAGAACCUAUGUGUGAUGGAGAGACUGAGGGUUCUGAUAUUGAAAAAGAUGAUUCAGCCAAAGAUGUAUAUAGCCUGGAAUUGCAUGGUAAGGACUGUUUGAUGAAUUCGUAUACUGAAAGAUAUGAUACAAACCAACCUUCAACUAAAAGUUCAGUUGAGAAUGGGAUUCUAUACCUAGAAGAAGUGGAUGAGAAGGUAUUGUCAGAAAGGAUCUUGAAGCUCAGCAGGCUGAAUAAACAUAAAAGUGCAUUGGUGAUAUACAAGUCGAUGAUUUUUUCAGGUCUUAAACCUGAUUUACAUGCAUGUAAUUCCCUUCUUUCAACUCUCUUGAGGAAUGGAAUGCUUGAUAAUGCCUUAAAAGUCUUCAACUCCAUGAAGGCUAGUGAGCUAACAACUGGCCACACUUAUAGCUUAAUUCUGAAGGCAGUUGCUGAUGCUCGGGGUUAUGACACAGCAAUAAACAUGUUCCGUGAAUUGAUAAGCAGUAGGAAUCUUAGAGAACAAAUUGAUAUUAUUGUAUACAACACAAUGAUAUCCAUUUUUGCAAAAGCAAACAACUGGGAUCAGGCACAGAAGAUUUGGAAAAUUUUGCAGUAUAAUGGUCAAGUUGGAACAACAGUCACUUACCGUCUGUUAAUUUGCACAUUUGUUCGUUGUGGUCAGAAUGAACUAGCUAUUGAUGCAUAUAGUGAGAUGAUUCAUAAUGGGUUGAGCCCAGAAAGUGAUACGAUGCAUGCUAUUAUUGGAGCAUACAGUAGGGAGGGUAAGUAUGACUCUGCAUUGAAUAUCUUGCAAUGUAUGUUGGACAGUGAGCUUAAGCCAAAUGCGAGAGCAUGCAACAUAGUGAUCAACUCACUUGGAAAAGCUGGCAAAGUCAAGCUUGCAUUUGAGAUUUAUGAUCUGAUGAAAUCAUUAGGUCAUGCACCUGAUGUAUACACAUGGAAUUCCUUGCUUAAUGCCUUAAACAGGGCAAAUCGAUAUUGUGAUGCAAUUCAGCUCUUUGAGAGAAUAAGAAAUAUCCAAAGUGUUAUUUUGAAUGAGCAUAUAUACAAUACUGUUUUGACAUCAUGCCACAGACUUGGGUUGUGGGAGAAAGCUGUACAGGUACUGUGGCAGAUGGAGGCUUCUGAACUCCCAGUUUCAACUGCAUCCUAUAAUCAAGUCAUUGGAGCUUGCGAGGUAGCAAGAAGACCCAAGGUUGCAUUACAAGUGUAUUACCGCAUGGUUCGCCAAAACCAUUCUCCUGACAUAUUUACUCUAUUGUCAUUGAUGAGAGUAUGCAUUUGGGGUUCUCUCUAUAAUGAAGCGGUGGAAAUACUAAAAUUUUCUGAACCAAAUGGAUCACUUUACAAUGCUGCUAUUCAAGGGAUGUGUUUAACAGGAAGGUUUGAUUUGGCUAAGAAGCUGUACACGGAAAUGCGUGAGAGAAGCCUUCAACCUGAUGGCAAGACACGGGCUAUGAUGUUGCAAAACUUACCAAAAGAUUCCAGGAGAAAUAGAAAACGUUAACCUGAAGGCCCAGUAGAGUCAAUGGGUGCAUAUGUGCUUGUAGCUGAGUUGAUGGCAAAAUAUAAGUACUGUGUUGAUGGUCAUGUAGAAGAGUAAGAAGACCCACUGAGGUGCAGCUACUCUAAUGAACAGCCUGGACAGUGGAGGACAGGAUCUGGUUGGGUUUGCGGAGUCACUUGGCAAAGCAUUCAGAUUCAACAAAUAUAUAGCAUUACCAUUGGUCUUUGGCCUCCAUGCAAGCACGCCGAGUAACAAGAAAGCCUUCUUUAAGCUUCGAGGAGACACGUCUUCAAGCAUAUUAUACAUGUAUAGAAAACAUUUUUACGUAAAAACUUUGCACUCUGAUGUAAUAAUAAAUCAUUCUAUCGUGUCAUGUGUAAUAAUAAAUCAUUCUAUUGUGUCAUGUGGAAGAGCGUGGAUUUUAUAAUUAUAUAUAGAUAGUGCCAUUUCUUUUG